ACGACACAACGGGGCGGUAGGCCGCUCGAGCUGCUUUCCUACCUUCGAGUUUUUCUAGAACGGCCGCGGCUACGGGCUGAGAGCGUCGGUUGUACACUACACUUGCUUUCGUUCUUUCUUUCUUUCUUUCUUUCGUUGAGCAGUUGCAGAAUCAUUUUGCAAUUCGCCACCUCCGUUUGUUUUUCUCGUCUCGAGGGGCUCAGUAGGCGAGCGCCAUGGGGAAGGACGACGCCGAGACCACCGCGCUCAAACAGGAGCUGGACGACUUGAUCCAAAAGUGCAAGGAGGAUCAGAAAAAAAUGCAGGACACGACCCUGGAGGAAACGUGCGGCAGCGUUUCCGAUCCUCCGAAGGUCAAAUUAACGACGAAAAAGAAUCUCAAGGGACACAUAAACAAAGUCAACUCGGUACACUUCAGCGGGGACAGUAGGCACUGCGUGACUGGUUCCCUGGACGGCAAGUUGAUAAUCUGGGACACGUGGACGGGUAACAAGGUGCAGGUGAUCCCGUUGCGCUCGGCUUGGGUCAUGUCGGUCGCGUUCGCCCCCUCGGGUAACUUUGUCGCCUGUGGCGGCAUGGACAACGCCUGCACCGUUUACGACCUCAACAACCGCGACGCUUCCGGCACGGCCAAAAUCACCCGCGAGUUCCUCGGCUACGAGGGCUUCCUGUCCUCCUGUCGGUUCCUCGACGACGGCCGCCUCAUCACCGGCUCCGGGGACAUGAAGAUCUGCAUCUGGGAUCUAGAGGCGAACAAGAAGACGACGGACUUUCCGGGCCACGCGGGUGACAUAGCCAGUCUGAGCUUGGCGCCCGACAACAACACUUUCCUCACGGGCUCGGUCGACCGGACCUGCAAGCUCUGGGACGUCCGGGAGAUCAACAACGAAAAGGCCAAUCAGACCUUCUUCGGGCACGAGGCCGACGUCAACUCCGUCUGCUACCAUCCAUCCGGUCACGGUUUCGUCACAGCUUCGGAGGAUAAAACGGCCCGGUUGUGGGACCUGCGCUCCGAUCAGCAGAUCGGCUCCUUCAAGCCACCGGGGAACCCGGGCUUCACGUCGAGUGCUCUUUCCUUCAGCGGCAGGUUCAUGUUUUGCGGCACCGACGAGAAGGACAUUCACUGUUUCGACACCCUCAAAACCACCCACAACACUGUCCUGACAGGCCACGACAAUCGGGUGACAUCGCUGAGCAUGUCUGGCACUGGCAUGGCGCUCGUCAGCUGCUCCUGGGACAUGAGCGUUCGAGUCUGGGUAUAAGUGCCGAUCAAAAUACACCGUACACGCGGCACGCUGUCGAAUUUAUAUCUGUUUUAUUUUUACGUGUCGUUUAAAUGAGAUGUUUUUUUUUUUUUUUUUUUUUCGGGCGACAGAGAGGCUUCGUCCGAGCAAACAAAUCAAAUUUAUUCUUGCUAAAGAAAAGUAAAUACGUAUAUGAUAUGCCUUAAACGUUUAACGAGGAGUCAAACAUUGUACGAGCUUGUGUAGUUACGUAAGACUUUAGAUUGUACUUGUGAGGGGAUGUACUUGGAAUUUUUAAUAAACUAAACGGUAGGCAAGCAGAAA